AUGGCAUACCCACUCGAAUUAGGAUUCCAAGAUGCUACAUCCCCUAUUAUAGAAGAGCUUUUACAUUUUCAUGACCAUACUCUUAUAAUUGUUUUCCUAAUUAGCUCCCUAGUUCUUUAUAUUAUUUCAUUAAUACUAACUACAAAAUUAACCCACACAAGCACUAUAGAUGCCCAAGAAGUAGAAACUAUUUGAACCAUCCUCCCUGCUAUUAUUCUUAUCCUAAUUGCUCUUCCCUCCCUACGUAUUUUAUAUAUAAUAGACGAAAUUAAUGAUCCAUCCUUAACUGUAAAAACAAUAGGCCACCAAUGAUAUUGAAGCUACGAAUACACAGACUAUGAAGACCUUAAUUUCGACUCUUACAUGGUUCCAACCUCAGAUUUAGCUCCAGGAGGCCUACGACUUUUAGAAGUUGACAAUCGAGUUGUUCUUCCAAUAGAACUACCCGUGCGAAUAUUAAUUUCAUCUGAAGACGUACUUCACUCUUGAGCAGUCCCAUCCCUUGGGUUAAAAACAGAUGCAAUUCCAGGCCGACUUAAUCAAGCAACACUAACAUCAACACGACCAGGACUAUAUUACGGGCAAUGUUCUGAAAUCUGUGGAUCAAAUCAUAGCUUUAUACCAAUCGUUCUUGAACUAGUUCCGUUAAAACACUUUGAAAACUGAUCCUCAUCAAUACUAUAA